UCCUGCUCCUGCUGACAACCAGGCACCCUCCACUCCACACCCAUGGCCUGCAACAACCGCUGCAGUCCCUGCGGACCCACCCCGCUGGCCAACAGCUGCAACGAGCCCUGUGCCCUGCAAUGCCAGGAUUCCCACGUCAUCAUCAACCCUUCCCCUGUGCUGGUCACCCUGCCAGGACCCAUCAUGACCUCCUUCCCCCAGAACACCGCCGUCGGAUCCACCUCCUCCGCUGCUCUGGGCACUGAGCUCAAUGCCCAGGGACAGCCCAUCUCUGGUGGAUUUGGCUUUGGUGGCUUUGGCUACGGCCUGGGAGGCCUGGGCUGCUAUGGCAGAAGGGGCGGCUACAUCUGCUAA